AUGUCAGAUCCCACCGCACUGCAGUGGGCCAGAUCCCACCGCGCUGCAGUCGGCCAGAUCACACCGCGCUGCAGUCGGCCAGAUCCCACCGCGCUGCAGUCGGCCAGAUCCCACCGCGCUGCAGUGGGCCAGAUCCCACCGCGCUGCAGUGGGCCAGAUCACACCGCGCUGCAGUCGGCCAGAUCACACCGCGCUGCAGUCGGCCAGAUCACACCGCGCUGCAGUCGGCCAGAUCCCACCGCGCUGCAGUCGGCCAGAUCCCACCGGCGCUGCAGUCGGCCAGAUCCCACCGCGCUGCAGUCGGCCAGAUCCCACCGCGCUGCAGUGGGCCAGAUCACACCGCGCUGCAGUCGGCCAGAUCCCACCGCGCUGCAGUCGGCCAGAUCCCACCGCGCUGCAGUCGGCCAGAUCACACCGCGCUGCAGUCGGCCAGAUCCCACCGCGCUGCAGUGGGCCAGAUCCCACCGCGCUGCAGUGGGCCAGAUCCCACCGCGCUGCAGUCGGCCAGAUCCCACCGCGCUGCAGUCGGCCAGAUCCCACCGCGCUGCAGUGGGCCAGAUCACACCGCGCUGCAGUCGGCCAGAUCCCACCGCGCUGCAGUCGGCCAGAUCCCACCGCGCUGCAGUCGGCCAGAUCACACCGCGCUGCAGUCGGCCAGAUCCCACCGCGCUGCAGUGGGCCAGAUCACACCGCGCUGCAGUGGGCCAGAUCACACCGCGCUGCAGUCGGCCAGAUCCCACCGCGCUGCAGUCGGCCAGAUCCCCACCGCGCUGCAGUCGGCCAGAUCCCACCGCGCUGCAGUGGGCCAGAUCACACCGCGCUGCAGUCGGCCAGAUCCCACCGCGCUGCAGUCGGCCAGAUCCCACCGCGCUGCAGUCGGGCCAGAUCCCACCGCGCUGCAGUGGGCCAGAUCACACCGCGCUGCAGUGGGCCAGAUCACACCGCGCUGCAGUCGGCCAGAUCCCACCGCGCUGCAGUCGGCCAGAUCCCACCGCGCUGCAGUGGGCCAGAUCACACCGCGCUGCAGUCGGCCAGAUCCCACCGCGCUGCAGUCGGGCCAGAUCACACCGCGCUGCAGUGGGCCAGAUCCCACCGCGCUGCAGUGGGCCAGAUCACACCGCGCUGCAGUGGGCCAGAUCACACCGCGCUGCAGUCGGGCCAGAUCCCACCGCGCUGCAGUCGGGCCAGAUCCCACCGCGCUGCAGUGGGCCAGAUCACACCGCGCUGCAGUCGGCCAGAUCACACCGCGCUGCAGUGGGCCAGAUCCCACCGCGCUGCAGUCGGCCAGAUCCCACCGCGCUGCAGUCGGCCAGAUCACACCGCGCUGCAGUCGGCCAGAUCACACCGCGCUGCAGUCGGCCAGAUCCCACCGCGCUGCAGUCGGCCAGAUCCCACCGCGCUGCAGUCGGCCAGAUCCCACCGCGCUGCAGUCGGCCAGAUCACACCGCGCUGCAGUCGGCCAGAUCCCACCGCGUGACACCGCGCUGCAGUCGGCCAGAUCCCACCGCGUGA